UUGUCAUUCAUAGAUUGAAAAUUCGAAAUUAAAUAUUUCAUAUAUUUAUAUAUUAUUGCAAUUCAAUAAGAUUAACAGUUUUGUUGGUGAAUAAAAUAGGUGAUGAAAUGAUACACUCAAUCGACUUUGAAGUGCAGCUUCCUCCAAGCGAUACAAUUUCAGCAAUGGAAUUCAGUCCAGCGCCUGGAAACUUUCUUUGCGCCUCCAGUUGGGAUCAAACAGUACGCAUAUGGAAAGUUAAUAUGAAUGGCACAACAACUCCCAAAAGUUAUACCAAGGUCAAUUCCCCCGUAUUGGAUAUCAGCUGGAGCGAUGACGGUUCCAAAAUCUAUUUGGCCACUGGCCAUGAGGUGCAUCAAUGGGACUUGCAGUCUGAUCAAGUGACACAAAUUGGGGCACACAACGCAGGAGUUAGCAGUUGUCACUGGAUUAAGGCACCUAACUAUGCGUGUCUUAUGACUGGCUCCUGGGAUAAGACUGUAAAGUUUUGGGACCCCCGAAACCCGUUGCCUAUGCUUAAAAAAGAUACACCCGACCGUUGCUAUGCAGCCGAUGUUUUUUAUCCCUUCGCUGUAAUCGGAUGUGCCAAUAACACCAUUAUUACAUAUUCGUUGGACAAAAUGCCAACGGAUAACAGAUGCUUUCAGAGUGGAUUAAAGCAACAGAUGCGUUGCAUUAGUUUGUUCCGAGAUAACACGGCAUCGCCAGCUGGCUUUGUUGUCAGCGGCAUUGAAGGUCGUAGCUCCGUUCAUUACCUGAAAGGACUCAAUGACACAUUUAAGUUCGAUUGUCAUACCUCAGAGUGCAACUUGGGAUAUGUGAAUAUAUACGCAGUUAACGACGUAAAGCGUCAUCCCCUAAAUAAUACGCUAGCUACUGCGGGCUCUGACGGUAUAUACGUAUUUUGGGAUAUGCAAUGGCGCAAUAGGCUAUUUGAUAGUCUUCCUAAAGAUCAGCCACUGACCAAGUGUUGCUUUAACUCUGAUGGACGCAUUUUUGCCUAUGCCCUGGGCUAUGAUUGGUCUAGUGGUCAUGUAUAUUACGAUGCUAAUAAGCAGCCACAAAUAUUUUUGCACCCUUGCUUUUCGUAAAUAAAACCUAUAUAGACUAAAAACAAAA